GUUUCAUUUCUCUCUCUAAUUAUCAUUUGACUAAUCCUGGUUUGGAGUCGACAGACUUUCCUCAGGUCUACUCCAGGAGAACAAAAUCAAAGUUUUAUUUCCAAAGCUUUGAUUUUGGGCUUUUGCAGAGCGGUAGCUUGUUGGAGUAGACGCAAUGGGAAAGCCUAUAGGGAGAAAGAAGAGUAGUGUUGGGGGCAUGAAGGAGCAGGGGAAGGGUGGAGGGGAUCGAGCCUCUAAGGCGUUUGACGAGGACACGGCUGUGUUCAUCAACAUGUCUCAAGAGCUGAAGGAGGAAGGGAACAGGUUGUUUCAGAGGCGGGAUCACGAGGGUGCGAUGUUGAAGUACGAGAAAGCCAUUAAACUACUUCCCGGGAAUCAUAUCGACGUUGCUUACUUGCACAGCAACAUGGCGGCUUGCUAUAUGCAGAUGGGAAUUGGCGAGUACCCACGGGCAAUAAACGAAUGCAAUUUGGCACUUGAAGUUGCUCCCAAGUAUACCAAAGCUUUUUUGAAGAGAGCCAAGUGUUACGAGGCUUUGAAUAGGCUAGAUUUGGCUUGGAGGGACGUGAACUUUGUCUUGAACAUCGAACCUAAUAAUUUGACUGCGUUGGAGACCGCUGAUUCAAUAAAAUCGCAAAUGGAAGAGAAGGGUCUAAAGAUUGAAGAUAAGGAGAUCGAAUAUGUUGAAUCUCCUGUUACUUCAUCUCAUAGCAAGGCAGCCAAAGAUAAGGCGAAAAAGAGGAGGAGUAAUAGGUAUGACAAGAAGAAAGUCGAGGAAGUUGGGGCAAAGAAGGUUGAAGAGGAGGACGAGAAGAAGACUGAGGAUAAGGCGGUGGUAGAGGAGAAGAUAAGCGUUAAGGAAGAAAAAGUGGUCACGAAGAACGUGAAGUUGGUAUUCGGGGAGGAUAUAAGAUGGGCACAGUUACCCGUUAACUGCAGUAUUCGAUUGGCAAGGGAAAUAGUUCUGGAUCGAUUCCCUAACCUGAAGGGUGCACUUCUUAAGUAUCGGGACGAAGAAGGUGACUUGGUGACCAUUACAACAAACGAUGAGCUCAGGUUGGCUGAAGCAUCUGUUAAUCCUCAGGGUUCGUUAAGGCUCUACAUUGCAGAAGUUAGUCCCGAUAAAGAACCAGUGUACGAAAUGAGUGUCGAGGAAGAACUGCAGAGCAGAAAUAGCAAAUCGUCUAGAGUUUCUGAGGAUGAUAAUACUAAAGUAACGGGCGGUGGUAAAAAAGGGCCAAUCUGUGUUGAGGAUUGGAUAGUCCAAUUCGCACGGUAUUUCAAGAAUCAUGUUGGUAUUGAAUGUGACUCAUAUUUGGAUAUUCACGAGAUUGGGAUGAAACUAUACUCAGAAGCUAUGGAGGAUACCGUGACAAGUGAAAAUGCAAAUCCUCUUUUCGACAUCGCUGCAGGGAAGUUCCAAGAAAUGACAGCUUUAGCGUUGUUUAAUUGGGGAAAUAUUCACAUGUCAAGGGCAAGGAAGCGGGUACACAUUACAGAAGAUGACUCUACAGAUUCAGUCUUGGAACAGGUUAAAUCUGCUUACGAGUGGGUACGGAAAGAAUAUGCAAUGGCUGGAAAAAGGUACGAAGAAGCUGUGGAACUCAAACCGGACUUCUACGAAGGCCUUCUCGCACUUGGACAACAACGAUUCGAGCUUGCGAAACUUUGUUGGUAUUACGAAAUCGCGAGUGGAACUGAGUUAGGGACUGGGCCAUCUGCUGAAGUCCUGGAUAUGUAUAACAAGGCCGAGGAUUGUAUGGAAAGAGGGAUGCAGAUAUGGGAGGAGAUGGAAGAAGAACGCCUUAACGGGCUCUCCAAAUGUGAAGAACAUAAAGCUCAGUUGCGGAAAAUGGGGUUGGACGGGCUACUCAAAGAUGUCACACCCGAAGAAUCUGAAGAGCGAGCUGCGAACAUGAGGUCUCAGAUUUACCUGUUAUGGGGUACUUUGCUGUACGAGCGUUCUGUUAUGGAGUAUAAGCUGAAUUUGCCAACUUGGGAAGAAUGCUUAGAAGUUGCAGUUGAAAAGUUUGAGCUAGCCGGGGCUUCUCAAACAGAUAUUGCAGUCAUGAUAAAGAACCACAAUUCUAAUGAUACUGCAUUGGAAGGUUUCAAGAUUGACGAGAUAGUACAAGCGUGGAAUGAGAUGUAUGAUAGUAAUAGGUGGCGCACUGGUGUCCCCGCUUUCCGGCUAGAACCAUUGUUCCGUCGACGGGUUCCUCACCUUCAGUCAGUGUUGGAGACUUAUUAAAUUUUCGUAUUUGAGAUUGGGUUUUUUCAUAGGGGCAGAAGAUUGGCGUACCUUCAUUUACUAUUGGUAUGUGCUUUGCCAAUUAUAAUAGGUAAGGUGUGUUUGCGUAUCCAUGUUGUUGUAAUUGGUCGUUUGCUUUUGGGAGCAGAUGGCCGGGAGUUCGAUCACCACCAAAGUGCUUGGAUUUCGAGCACAUGGCUUUGUUUUUGGAUUUGAAGCUGUCUAUAUAUCAUUCAUUUUGGAAAUUUUUUUUGCUGGUUGUGACAGACCAGACCACACAAAGUAGGUCUUUGUGAUUUGCAUCCAUUUUUUUUUUUUUUUUUGGUUCCCAACAGAUGAGCUUGGAGUGUGGAUAGAGUAUUUUCCUUCCAUUCAUAGAUUGUCAGUCGCACACAUAUUCUGUGUAUUCAUAUUUUUGUCAGUCAAUUUAGAUUGUCAGUUUUGCCAAUUUGUAACAAUAUGUUUUAAGACAGCAGUUUUGGUUUAAAGACUAUAUCAUAUUCUUCUCUUUUC